AUGGAUAUAGCGGUCGUUUUGUACGUGGCGAACGUUGCAUUCAACACUGUCAUCAUUGCUAUAGAUGUAGCUAUUAUCUUCGUCGCCAUCCAAACGAGGGAAAUUUUUGAACAACUGAUUUUAUGGACCAUUUUCCUAUGCAUGGGCACGGAUAUUGCAGUGUAUUUGAACACUGUAAUUCAUGAUGUGCCUAGUUUUGCCAUGGAUACGGACGUUUUCAAAAUACCUAUGUUUACCCCGUAUUGUGGCUUUACCUACUUAGUUCAUAGUCACUACUGGUACCUCGACUUGAGUAAACCGUACUCGUACCUAUACCAAAGUUUGAAUCUCGUUCUACAGACAGCUGUGGCCGUUGUGGUGGCUUGCGCCGACAUAGUCAUUAUCUGGAAAAUACGUAUGCUCCGAAUCGUCGCUGCGAAUAAACAUACGACCACUUUACCUCCUAGAGCUACUGUUAUGCUGGAAACGGUAGUUAAUCGCAAAAAACGAAUCAAUCGCGAAAUACGUGUAGCCGUCAACUUCGUAUUUCUGAGCGUGUGCUUCCUAAUUAUGACCGUUGUCUACAACCUACCAUUCCGGAAAGGGAUCUGGUACGAUUUUCUUUUCAAAUUGACGUCUAAUUUGAAUCUCUCGAAAUGGGCAAUUUACACACUAGAAAAUGCGAAAAUACGCGAAGGUUUUCUGAGUCUCUGCAGACGCCGCCUGGUCGAGCCAUUGAAGCCGUCGUCAGUUAUUACAGUCACACCGGCACGAUAG